GAUGAAACGGAAAGAAAUUAGCAAAACUUUUCACUUUGGGCUUUUUUCUCAACUGAAUUUCAUGAAUGUAUAUGGAAAAUGUCUGUGAAUUAUGCUGAAGGUCUUUCGCCGUAUGACCACAAAGGUAAAUGUGGUCUUCCCGAGAAAUUCGAUAAGCUAGAGGUAGUUUCAGAGAAAGUAAAGAAACUUGCAGAUUUGUUGAAGAGGAGUCGUCACAUCGUAGUACACAGUGGGGCGGGUAUCAGUACUGCAGCCGGCAUUCCAGAUUUUAGGGGACCCAAAGGGGUAUGGACAUUGGAGAAGGAGGGAAAGAAGCCAGAGGUGAAUGUGACCUUUGACACCGCCAAGCCUACACUUACCCAUAUGGCAUUAGUUGAAUUGGAGAGAAGAGGAAAGCUGCAGUAUCUGAUCAGCCAGAACAUUGAUGGACUCCACCUAAGAUCUGGCUUUCCAAAGGAUAGGUUGUCUGAACUGCAUGGAAAUAUGUUUGUAGAGCAAUGUCACAGGUGUCAGAGACAAAUCAUAAGAGCCAUGCCAGUACCUACCAUGGGAUUGAAACCAACAGGGAAUCCAUGCAGUGAUAAACCAGGAAGAGGAACAUGCAGAGGAAAGCUGCAUGACACUAUUCUAGACUGGGAGGAUGCUUUGCCUGAAACAGACCUUAUACAAGCUGAAGAACAUUUAAGGAAGAGUGAUUUGUCGCUAUGUCUCGGGACUUCAUUGCAAAUCAUACCCAGUGGGACAUUACCAAAACUGACCAAGAAGAAUGGAGGGUCACUGGUCAUUGUCAAUUUACAGCCAACUAAACUGGAUAAGCAAGCUGAUCUGAAGAUCAAUUACUAUGUUGAUGAUGUCAUGACACAGCUAAUGGAGCAUCUUGGUUACCAGAUUCCAGAAUAUACCGGACCUAGUUUGGUUCUCACUUCCCAGCAAGGACUAUCUGUCAAUGGCAUCAAAGAAAGCAUACACGAAGGAGACUCAAAGGAAAACUGCAAGAUUGAUAGUGAAGACACAGUAGAAGUGAAAGAUGAAGUAGCAGAAGGACUGGAUGAUGGACCAAGCAACUUAAUAAAAGAUGAAUUAAAAGAAGAGGUGACAGAUAAAGUUUCAGAGGACUUUGACGUUCCUUGUCGGGUCAAACUUGAAGCAAGGUCCAAUGAAACUCCACAUGAAAAGACAGAACAAAAUCAUGAGAUAAUUCAAAAGAGUGCCACUGAAGUGAUUCAAGAUGCUGCAGCUCCAGAUUCAAAACUAAAGGACCUUCCAAUGGGAAGUAUUAUCAGGACAUGUGAACAUGAUGAUGAUGAUGGCAUGAAGAAUAAUAAAGAGACGACAUGUGAAGUAGAUAUCAAAAGGAUACCAAUGGAUGAUAAAAGUGAAGGCAUGGAGCAAGAGGUAGAAGACAGCCAAAUUCAAUGUACUGGUCUGACUAAUACUGGACAAGUUGAGCCUUAUGACAGCUCUGUAGGUGUAGGAAAGACUGAAUUUGAUGAGAAUGUUGAUAAUGUAAGUACUGGAGCAUUGAAGAGGGACGUAGAAGGUAACAUCAAAGUUUCAUGACACCUAGCCCAGGGGCCGGUUCAUAAAGCUGUUCCUAAGUUAAGAGCGACUCUAAGAAUGAUUGGUGAACCUUUCUUAUGUGCCAAUGGUGUACCAUUUACCAAAACAAAUGAUCACCAGUUCUUAAAGUCUCUCUUAUCUUACGAACAGCUUUAUGAAAC